AUGGUCUCUUUCCGCUCCCUUGCCCUCGUCGGCGCCAUGCUCGCCUCGGCAUCGCUCUCGCAGGCCCAGACGGUGACGUUUGACUGCACCAAGGUGCCCAACAUCUGCUCCAACGACUGCUACGCACUGCAGUGCCUCGGCAAGCCCUCGACGCUGCACCGCGACAGCUCCGACAGCGCCGAGCACCGCACAGAAAACGCGUGCAAGAGCCCGAACCGCUGCAGCGGCAACCCCAGCGACUCCAACAGCUGCGACGAGUACCCGUACGCUUCGUCGCAGGAGGGCGGCGCGGGCGCCGUGACGCGCUGCGUGCCCAGCCACGAGAACAGUGUGCAGGGCGGCACCCUCUCCUCGUUCUACAGCAGGGCGGGCAUCGAGGAUGGCGAUGCGUACCAGGUCGCCUUCAGCUCGACGUCGGGUCUCGAGUACUGCGACGGGGACUGCGACAACUCGGGCAACGAGCUGGUACGCCGCGCCGUCGCCCUGCAGGGCCGGUCCGAGGCCGCGAACCUGUACACCAAGCGCCACUUCCUCCUCGAAGACGGGCAGGACGUUCUCGUCUUUGAGCCAAAGUCCCAGCAGGGCUCCCUUGACUCCCUCGUGGGCACCAUGACCUACCUCGCACACGAGGACCGCAGCGUCAAGAUCGUCAAGGCUCUGUAG